ACUAUUUUGGAUAUAUAGAAAAGAUACUCAAGUAAAUCGGUCCAAAGGAAAAAAAUAUCUGACCACUCUUUUUAGAUCAUUCUAGAUAUUGUUCUUUAGAUGGGACACUAUCAAUAAACGUUGACAAUAUAUGCAUAUAUUUUGCACAUACUUAAACAUUUUUAAAAUGUGGUAAAUACCUAAAAAAAUAACAGAAUGCCAUACAACGCAAAUAAUAACGUUUUUAAGUAUUUGUUGCUUAAAACAUAUUGCACGGUUAAAUAGUUCCAAACUUGGUACUGUUUUUAUUCUUCAAGUAUAUUUUUUUGUAGGAAGUACUGCGGUUAUCAAGCAAUAAUACAAUAUUACCAUAACUUUAUAAAAUCGUCAUAAGAACUAUUAUCGAAUAUUUAAAAAACAGUUUUUACUUCCAAAAUAAAUAAUAAAAUAAUCUGGAUCCUAGUUAAUUGUUUGAAUAUUUAAAAUGUUUUCAAAAACCGUGAUACUGUCUUUUUGCAUGGCAUUGUACUUUUUGCAAUGUCAAGUUGUUGCUAAUGAGCCUAAUGAGGAACAAGUUUAUACAAUAGGAAGAAUUGUCGGUGGCUUAUACGUGCCAAAUGCGGUCCUAACCUACGAACAAUUAAUAAUAUUUUUUAACCACGUAAAACAGACAAUGAAUGCAAAUGGAGAUCUCCCCAGCCGCCUUGCUUUAGAAACAUUACUAGAAGCUUCUACAUUUACGGAAGAGAUUGCUUUAACUUACGCCACAUAUAUAUUAGGGGACGACAUUAAUGUGAAGGAACUUGUAGAACCAUUAAUAAGAGGCAAUCUAAAUCAAGGUUCUAUAGACUUUUCACUAUUAGUUGGAAUCAUUAGUGUUGUAAAACAUACAUUGCAAAUGGUAACAUCCACUAAUGGAGCUGUCGAAUUGAAAGCGGAAAUGAUAAAUGAUUCAUUAAGAAACACGCUUUUAGCAGUUCAAUAUGACGAUAAAAAAGAUGCUCACUCAGGCAAGACAGGCCAUCAAUACUAUCGAAAUGCACCUUACCUCAAAUAUAAUAUACAUUAUUUAACAAAUGUUUUUCGAACUAUAUAG